AUGGAUUUUCUGAGCGCCAGCAACGGAAACCUCCGCCUCGCCGUGAACUUGUUCUACCAGAGCAACCAAAAAGUCUCAGCAAAAGAUGAACAUGAAGAAGACGCCAGCAGCACUGUGGGCCCCAAAACUUCCACCCCGAAAGCUUCCACCGCCAAGGGACGCUUCAAGGCGGCGGUCGGCAAGGUGGGCAAGAUGGUGAAGAAGAUGGUCGGCGGCGGUGCCUCUGGUACCGGAAAGAUGAGCGUCCGUCGCCGCGGUCAGGCUAAAGAGCAGACAAGCUCAGCGUCGUCGACUUCUGCGUCGUCGUCCUCAAUGCGCAAGAGCAAACAGAAUGCUGCUGCUGAUGAUGAUGCCGAUGAUUUGGACUCCUCGCCUGAGCUGCGAGCGCCUGACCAACCGAAGAAGGAGGUGCUGCUGGAGCUGGAAGAGGAAGGAGAGGGACAGGGACGCGGCCAUGAAGAGAACGCCGUCGGCCUGGGCCAGCAGCUGGCCGGCUUCUACCAGGUGAAUGAGACGCCAUUUGUCGCCCUCCUCGACCCUCGCACCGGCGAGAAGCUGCUCAGCUGGUCGGCAGGCAAUGAGCAGCUGGCCUGUGCGGAGGUGUGGUGCAAUGCGGUGGACGACUUUCUCCGGUCGCAGGGUGAGCACCUCCUGAAGAAAGAGGUGGUGGCGCCUUUGAAGACCAACGCCGCCGCCAAGAGUAGCGUACUCGAUGUGCAGGCGAUGAGCGAGGAGGAGCAGCUGAAGGCGGCCAUCGAGGCGUCACUUCGUGAUCUGCAGCUGCAGCAGAAGAAUCAACCGGAGGUGAAGAAGGCUUCCGUUGUUGGUGUUUCAUCUUCCUCCUCUUGGAAGCAGUACCUGGGCCCGGAGAACAGCGGCAAACAGUCGCUGCAGUUUGUAAUUCGCCUCCCGGAUGGCAGCCGUCGUCCGGUCAGCUUUCCUGCCGACAGCAAG